AUGGGACUCAAUGAAGCUGUCGGUCCUAUUCGUGAUCUUCAUGAGUCUUUGAAUACUGAAGGCCUGCCCGACUGGCCUGGUAUCGCAAUCUUUCAGAACCUAUACCACUCCGCACGGAUCGCUGCUCAAGACAUCUCUUUGCUCUCCCUUGCAGACUCUCUUCGGUCUAUAUAUCAGGAUGGCACCGUGAACUGGAAUCAACUGGCUGUGUUGUCUACCUUUGUGAUCACGAUGGUCGGGUGGUGGCUGCGCAAGCGCUCUGCCAAGUCUCCAACCAAGGUUCUCGCCUCCUCAGACGACGAUUACGAAGACGAUGACUAUGAUAGCAACGGCUCCCUUCGUCAUGGCACAGAGCCGCACCGCCAGGCCACUGAAUGGUCAUCACAGCCUCAGCAGCAGACCUCGGAUGCUUUUAAAACAGAUCCUGGAAUUUUGAGGAAGUUUACGACCUUUAGCCCUUAUGUCACGUCGAUUGCAACCUAUCCAGCCGUUCGGACUUUCUUCUGCCCGCAUCCAAACAUAAGCCGCCUUCCGGACAAGCCGACUCCCCUUCCCUUGCUGGUUUUCGUCCAUGGUCUCGGUGGGUCUUUGGCGCAGUUCCACCAUCUUCUGACCAGCAUUUCCAAUGUUGGUUCAUGCUUGGGCAUCGAUCUGCCCGGCUGCGGUCUGUCCAGAUUCGCACCCACCGAGUGGGAUGCGUACACGGUGGAGGCACUGGCCGAGUUAGUUGCAGUCGCAAUUGAAACCCAUCGGGACCGAGAGAAUGGCCAGGGUGUCAUCCUUGUCGGCCACAGUCUUGGUUGUUCAUUGUCUGCGCUGAUGGCGUCGUCUGAGUCACCAAUCGGAAAAGAUCUCAAACAGCACAUUCUAAGCAUGGUCGCGAUCUGUCCUCGCGCAUCGCCGCCGUCUGAAGCGGAGACUGCCAAGUUUCGCCGGCUACUUUCGAUUCCAGAACCAAUAUUUGAUUUGUGGCGCCUCUGGGAUCGUCGCGGUGGUAUUCGAAGUACGAGUGUCAUGCGCAUGGUUAGUCAUGACGCCGACGAAGAAACCCGCAGCCUUCAAGUUCGCUUCAACAAACAAAGCCGGACAGGAGUUUGGCGUCGCAUGGCAUCAGGAACGCUACCUGAAUACAAAGCCGGCAACCCCGUCGGAGGUUUGCCUGGCCAGAAGAUUUGGGCUGCAGUUCAGAUUCCGAUCUUGCUGGUCGCCGGGGAGGCAGAUUCGGUGACCAAGCCUACGGAGAUCGAAGAUUUGCUCAGGUUUUUCGGUGAUGCAUCUGUCCAUACCGCCAUGGACACCACUGGCAGCAGCGUCAUCCCUGAUGCGUCCCGUGUGCAUGACAGAAAUCCAGCAUCCCCCACCAGCCUCGCCGACGAGGAAAAAUUUGGCCUGCAACCGGCCGGCAGUGAGAAAACCAUUGAACAACCGACGAGUAACCAAGGAAGUCGCAAGCGAAUUGUCAAGUCAGCUAUAUUACCGGCACCUGCGUCUCACGCUCUUCUGUACGACCGGGCCACCUACCGAACCUUGUCUGGUAUCAUACAAGAUUUCCUGAGUCAACACAUCGACAAACGUUUAGGUCUGGGAUGGCAGCUACAAUACAUGAACACCUCAGGCAAAUGGGAUGUGAAAAAUCUUGCCAAGUGGCAGAAAGUCGCACCUGUCUCGAAGCCGAUCGCGAAUACAUUCGCUGCCAUGAAGAUGCUUCGUGAGAUUGAUGACGAGCAUAAUCCCGUCUUAUUCUCUCAAAAAUAUCGCGGUCGUAUCCAUGCCGUCAUUGACAUCAGCCAUGAAAGCCCGGUAUACAACCCCAACACUAUGGAAAAAGGUGGUGUUCAUUAUUAUAAGCAUCCGACUGUGUCCAAAAUCCCUCCGACUCCUGAUGAGGCUCGCGAUUUUAUUGCCCUCGUCGACAGACUGCAGCGAGAGAUCGACGACUUGGUGGAAAAACGGGAUGACACGUCUCUCCCGCGACCCCUGGUCGGCGUCCACUGCCAUUAUGGCUAUAAUCGUACUGGAUUCCUGAUCGCCUGCUAUCUGAUCGAGCGGUUAGGUUAUGGUGUGCAAGACGCGAUUGACGAAUUCAACCGUUGCCGGCCACCUGGAAUUCGACAUGGACACUUCGUCGAUACGCUUUUUGUUCGAUAUUGCGUGGGACUGAAGAGAGCGCCCACUCUGUAA